GGUCUUUUUCAUGUCAGGAUUAACUGACCUUGCAAGUUGGCAAAUGCCCUUCAACUUCUUUGCCACGUUUCUAAUCUUGCCCAUGAAACUGCCUGUACACCAUCUCCCAGGUAGACUAAAAAGAAGAAAAGAAUUUAAAAGCUUUCACUUGAGAGUGUUAUUUCCAGACUUUACCAAAUUUCCAGAGUUGUGUUCCAGAAGCCUACAAAUCCUCACGUGCCUCUUGUCACUCUCUGUAGAUAUGGAUUCAAAAUCUUCAGCAUAUUAAUUGUAUUUCUCCUUUGUUAGAUUUCUCCCCCAGCACCAAUUUAUCAUCUUUGUGUUCAGUGUUUCUCCCAAAGUUUUGUUCCAGACCUUUUUUACUGUCCACAAUGACAAUGCCCAAUCCCAGCAGCCAGAAAGAAUGAGCAUAACACAAAUGCCUCUCUCAGUGGCCCUCAACCUUUUUCUUUCCAAAAGAAAUAUUCUUCCUACAUUCUCCCUAGCAGAGACAUGCAGCCUGUUAGGGUUGAAGUACGUAAACGACCAGCUACAGGUCCACUGACAUCAUGCAAGGGGAAUCUCUAAGAGAGAACUCAUUACCAUUACGUACAACUCUGCAGGAGAGAUGGAGUGAUUAGCUCAGUGAACUUUGUUUUUAAUUGCUGCACGUUAGAUGUUAGACAGUUAUGCUACACCAUCCAUAGGGAAUGCAGACAUAGGUUUUUCUAAAUGUGCUUAGCAUGUCAACAUUUUAAGCAUUGGCUUGUGAUUGUUACCACUAAGGCUUGGUAGAGAGGGGCCUCGGUAUUAACUAUUGAAAGCAGGGGGCCUAGCAAUUGCUAUUGAAAGCAGAUCUGCAGGGUAUUUGUAUUCUUUGUCAUGAAAGAUGUUUACUGUAUUCAGCAUUUCGCUGAUCACCCUAUAGUGUCUUUUUUUCUUUUACAUUCAAAAUUCAUUAAACAAGGUUGUUGUGUUUUGUUUUUUUUUAACAAAAAAUGUCAGCACUGCUUCACACCAGUCUAGCUGACGCUGCGUUUGACCAGCACUUUCAGCCCACUGCGCUUUUUAUUCUUCUAAACCAAAAUGACACUUAAAAAAGAAUGCUUUUAAAGAAGAUAUAUUGUAGCUGUUUGUCACCUCAGCCUCAGUUAUGAAAAUGUUAUGGAUAGAGCAUUUCUAUACACCACAAAAGCACUUUCGGAGCUGCACUCCACAAGUAUUGCGCUCUUCCAGCAAAACAGAAAUAAGCACUGUGAAUAGUAAGGAUGUGAAUGUGAUUGCUAAAGCAAGUACAAAUAAAAUUCAAAUCUUAGAGCACAUUAAAAUAUAUUUAAUUGAACUUCUCCAUGCUGCAGCAUGGGCGAUUUCCUCUUACUACUUCAUUGCAUGUCAUCUGGGAAUGGUCAUUUAUGAAUGAUGUGCCAUUCUCUGUGCCAAAUGGAAAACAAGUGGACAACAAAACACCCUUCCAUGAGAACCUCCUCAGGAUUGACUGGGGACUGGGGAUCUGGGGGGUCAUUCUUUCACUAAGCAAAUAAAGGACUGAAAGAAGAAAACAGACAGCAGUGAGACAUCAAUACCGGCACAAAUAAAGAAGAUAAUGAUGAGGAUACGUUUCAGUGUUUGUUAGAAGAGACCUAUUCUGCAAUUCUAUUCCUCUAUUUUUCCCUCAAAAAAAAACCUUCCCAGCCCCAAAAGUCUUUAAGACAUCUUAUUUUUUCAAUGUUCAGUUUCACAUUAAGGAUUUCUGAUUGGCUUUACAGCCUCACUUCCAUUUCUAUUACAACAAUAUUACUCUGUAUUCUAUGUUGCCCGCUGUAUAGAAGAGAUCAGUAUGAAGUGUUUCAUCUGAAAACAGGAAAAGAGAAUUAAUAACCUUCUAGAUAUAAUCUGGGGCAGUGUUUGUACAUAAACUAAUCCCUGUGAAGUUGCUCAGUGCACAGUGAUGCCGCUGAUGGAUCCCAUGUGGAAGCACUUGUCCUUGCCAUGUGUAAUUCCAGGCAUAGAUUAAUAAAAAUAGGAUCAUCUGAUAACAAACACAGAAGGCUUCUUGAUCACAAAACUAGAUUUGUGGUCAAGACACAGAUUAUGAAAACAGCAGAAAUGCAGCUAAGUUGUUGCUUUUGAUUAAUACCCGGCUGCACGUGGGUUGCACAUUUUUGUCCCACAGCAUCCAUUAGAACAAUUUAUUUCAUCACCACAAAUAUAACACAUGAAUGUGUUACUGAUCUCUCAUCUCACUUGGGCACCUGGGAUCGUUACUUUUCCCCUUUUUCCCUGUGGGCACAUCCUGCUGGACAUCUUCAGGCAGAAAAACAUACAGUCCUCACUUAGGCUGUGUGCUAACCUAUACUCAUACCACAAACAUGAGACAGAUGCUCUCCGUAUCGGGUGCACUCAGGUUGUAAACUGAAUGCUUAUGAUUCUCCCAAAAGAACAGCAAUUUCCUGUCAAAGCCCGGAGUAAGGACAAGGACAUUUGUAAAGGGUGAAAGAGACAAGAAAAGUAGUAAAAAUGAUGGAUUUCAAAGCAAGAAGGAUGUGAUCACAAAGCAAGCAAUUAAGCAGUUUCCUACUGUAGAUGUCCUGGAGUAAAUUGAAAAAGGAGACAAGUUGAAGAACUGAGAGAAAGAAGAAAAAGGACUGGACAGGCAGCUAAAGGGAAGGAAGAAAUGGGGAUGAGAAAAUUAGAAUAUGUUUCAUGAGCUUUGCCAAAGGUCUGUGCCAUGCAGAUGGAAGCAUGCUACACUGUAGUAGCACACAGUAAGGCAAACCAGCAAGUGCUCUGUCAGAGCAGGAAAGUGCUGUGUCUAAUGUGAAACUGGUGCUGGGGAGCAGCUUUGUGAGCAGCUGUUUCCAAUGCUCCCAUUUUUUAAAUCAAUUCUUUAAAACCAUGAUAUGUAGAGUCUGAUGGAGUUAAGACAUGGGCUAUUUGCCAGGGCUGCAAACCAGUGACUGCCGUGGCACUGCACAAAACCCACAGCCUCAGGUUCACAGGACCUUCUCAAGAUUGACCCAAUGCAAUUGGUGACAGCAGAAACCCUGAAAGCUGAAGUGUCCUUUGAAAUGGGUAGAAAAGGCUCAUCUGCACGGGAACUGGAGACAGAAUAGCUCCCAGCUGUUUCAUUCUUGUGUGUUGCUGGCAAUGUAGAUGGAGUGUGGAUGAUCCACCCAACAUCCCAAGUACAUUCAUACCUAUGUAGAGGGGGAUGCCAGAGCAAAAGGACUCCUUCCAUACAAGGAUACUCCCUGACAAGGAGAUGACCUGCCAGUGAAACCACACAGCAGACACUCUCCCAACACAGAUACUCUUACACCAGUAUCUUUACAAACAAGCAACAUGAGGGCAUCUCUGCCAGCUCUUCUUCACAGCAACCCUACCCGCUGGGAAACCUCUCUCUGACCUUUUCCUGAUUGAGCAAAGGCCGGACACAGGACAGGAGUGGGCAGCAGGAGGGGGGCCAGGGAGGAGGGGGGCAGAGCUGGGCUGGACGAGGGGACACCCCGCCCCAAUGGGGCGUGACGAGCUGCCAGCCCAGGCUCCGAGGCACGUAAAAGCAGGGCGGUGAGACCGGAGAGCACGGAGCAACCAGCCAGGGCUGAGCUGCGGAGACGGUGAGCAGGGCCGUGCGGGCAGCUGGGGAGGCUCUGUGCUGCUGUGAGGCUGGGGCAGAGCUGAGCUGAGCCAGAGCUGAACUGAGCCUCGCUUUGCUGUUCUGCAGGUUGCACCAGGUGCCAGGAUCGCUGCAAACACGAGCAAAACGUCGUCCGAAAUGGCAACCGAGGGGGAUAAACUUUUGGGAGGAAGAUUUGUUGGAAGCACAGAUCCCAUCAUGGAGAUUCUCAGCUCUUCUAUAUCCACUGAGCAGAGACUAACUGAAGUUGAUAUCCAGGCAAGCAUGGCUUAUGCUAAGGCCUUGGAGAAGGCUAGCAUCCUAACCAAAACUGAGCUGGAGAAGAUCCUGAGUGGCCUGGAAAAGAUCUCUGAGGAAUCAUCUAAGGGAAUCCUUGUAAUGACCCAAAGUGAUGAGGAUAUCCAGACUGCCAUUGAACGCAGACUGAAGGAGCUGAUUGGGGAUAUAGCUGGAAAGCUGCAGACUGGAAGAAGCAGGAAUGAACAGGUUGUGACUGACCUGAAGCUGCUCCUGAAGAGUUCCAUCUCUGUCAUCUCCACUCACCUGCUGCAGCUCAUCAAGACCUUGGUGGAGCGUGCUGCCAUAGAAAUUGAUGUUAUCAUGCCUGGCUACACCCACCUGCAGAAAGCUCUGCCCAUCAGAUGGAGCCAGUUCCUGCUCAGCCACGCUGUUGCACUGACCCGUGAUUCUGAGCGCCUGGGAGAAGUGAAGAAAAGGAUCACUGUGUUGCCUCUGGGAAGUGGUGUCCUGGCAGGCAACCCACUGGAAAUUGAUAGAGAGCUUCUGCGUAGCGAACUGGACAUGACUUCCAUCACCCUGAACAGCAUAGAUGCCAUCAGUGAGAGAGACUUUGUGGUGGAAUUAAUCUCCGUUGCCACCCUGCUGAUGAUCCACCUUAGCAAGCUGGCCGAAGAUCUCAUCAUCUUCAGCACCACUGAAUUUGGCUUUGUGACUCUCUCUGAUGCCUACAGCACUGGCAGCAGCCUGUUGCCUCAGAAGAAGAAUCCUGAUAGCCUGGAACUGAUCCGCAGCAAAGCUGGUCGUGUGUUUGGACGGUUGGCUGCUAUUCUCAUGGUUCUGAAAGGAAUUCCAAGCACCUUCAGCAAGGAUCUGCAGGAGGACAAGGAAGCUGUCCUUGAUGUUGUGGACACUCUGACUGCUGUGCUCCAGGUUGCCACUGGAGUGAUUUCUACCCUCCAGAUCAACAAGGAGAACAUGGAGAAGGCUCUGACCCCUGAGUUGCUGUCUACUGAUCUGGCUCUCUACUUGGUUCGUAAAGGAAUGCCCAUCAGACAAGCCCAAACUGCUUCUGGGAAGGCCGUCCACCUUGCUGAGACUAAAGGCAUCACCAUCAAUAAUCUCACCCUGGAGGACCUGAAGAGCAUCAGGUUUGUACCGCAUUACCAUAGAUCCCCUCAAAAGACUGAUGUCAGCCUGGCUUCCUUACGGUCCCCUUCUGUACAUACACUGGGAUUGACAGCACUGCAAAAUUCUUCCUGGUCUGUAUACCACUGCUGCUACUGCCAAGCUUGUAUUGACUGAAGUUUGGUGAGGGAGACAACAGUGUUGCCUUUUGACUGGAGCAGGGCAUGGGCCACAGGUACUGGGAGGGUAUGGAGAAAUUCACCUGGAGGCACCAGCACUGUAGAAUUUGGCUUCAGACUUCCUUCCUCCCUCUGCCCUUGCAGCUGUGUCUUUGGUAUGUCAGGAACUGCUCCUGUCAGGCACUAGAGGUGCAGAAGCAGAACUUCAUGAUGCUUUUCCCCUUGGAAAAGGCUCAGCCUCUACUUCCUUAUUUUCUCCACAGACAGUAUAAAGCCAUCAAGCAGUGCCCCUCAUUCCCCACUGACACCUCUUCUCUUUGCCUCCCCAGCCCUCUGUUUGCCAGCGAUGUCUCCCAGGUCUUCAGCGUUGUCAACAGCGUGGAGCAGUACACUGCUGUGGGCGGCACUGCCAAGAGCAGCGUG